GACGUAUUCAUGGAGCGCAGUUCCUGGUUUUUGCAUUCUUUAGCUUUCUGUCGAACGUACGUUUUCUCCCCGACAAACCGGACGACAUCAGUGUCCACAGGUGUGAGCGGCUCUGUGUUGGAAGAGCACUGUUUGUGCCCACAGCAUACCCCCCCAAAAAAACAGUAGUGGGUGUUUGCCAUCAGCUUCCGGUGUGUGUUUGCAGCUCUGGUAACAGUGAACAGGAAGACAGACAGAGAGACGUCUAAGUUGAGAGAGGAAACUGCUGUGGCUUCGUCUGCCUCAGAAUGACUGAGUUCUGGGUUUGUUUCAGCUGCUGCAUUGCAGAGCAGCCACAGCCUAAACGGCGGCGACGAAUCGACCGCUCAAUGAUUGGGGAGCCAACAAACUUUGUUCACACCACACAUGUAGGCUCAGGUGACAUGGGCCUAGCAUCAGUGGACCUUGUUCAAGCCCAAAUGAAAUCGAAAGGGGGCUACGCACACGGAGGGUCUGAAGGUUCGCAGUUGUAACGAGCCCUUCACAGUCUUGUGGAUACUACUGUUGUUGUUAAGAGGAAACAUUUUCAAAAAGCAGUUCUGUCUGUAAUGGACACAGGACCAAAAGAUGAAACUACUGCUUUUCCAUAAUGUUGUAUAUAUUUUUAUUUUCCAUUCUUUUUUUUUUUUUUUUUUUUAAUGAAAGCACUGCUGUCCAUUUGCUGCCAUACUGUUGCACUGUAAAGAGUAACUGUUAAAAGUAGAUAAGAGGGUUUAGAAAGCUCAUAAUCUCAGUCAGAUGUAUGCUUGUGUGUAUGCAUGAGGAAAAUGUUUUCAAAAUUAUUUGCUGUUGUAGCCCAUUUGGAUGCCUGUAUUUAUUAUCUGAUACCAUAAACGGACCUCAUGGUGGCUGGGCCACGCUGGAGAUUUGGAACAUUCUGUUUCCUUCUUUAUUCUCAGAGGUUUAUCAAAGAACAGGUAGAGGUAGCAAGGCAAAAAAACAGUAUGUUCAUUGUUUUAUUCUGAGAAAUAGUCAUGAUUCUCUGAGUUGCUUUCAGGGUUGAAGAUUGCUGUUUUGUAAUAAACUUGAAAUGAGUAGAGUACACUGGACCAUACAUUGUACACUCACACUUGCUUAGAAUUUUCGCAUUGAUUUCAACAUUUUUUUAUACUCAUUUAGAUGAACCAUAUAGAAUUUUAAUAAACUAUGAACUUCCUAAUCUGCCUUCUGAAGUUAUGUUCAUUAUUUUCUUUUCACAAAUAUUAAGCCAAGAGGUUACACAAAGAUUAGUAUUUUUUUUUAUACUUUUUAUUCCUUUCCACACCUGUUUUCCACUGUAGAGCAUCAAAUAAUGUUACCUCUUACUGUUUUAGCUGAAACGGAUUAAGAUGAAGAGACAAUUUAGUUCCUCUGGAGUUUUUGUAGUUUUAUGGUCUUUUAAAAAGUGAAAUAAUGAGCUGCCUGCCAGGCCUCAUAAAGCUGACAAAUGUUAGGAAAUUACAACAUGAUUCAACAUAAUCUGACCCGCCUCUGUUGCAAUGUUUGUGAUAAAGUUGCUUCGGUGUUUAAGGAUGUUUCAUGUGGAUUCAUUUUCUUGUGUUUAUCAUCACAAAAGAUUAGCUUCUUCCCAUUGUGAAUAUUAAACCUGGUUGUCUUCAAUUUACUUGUUUUUCUGUUUGUGCCAAAGUAAACCUCAGAUAUGUUCAAGCAGCUACAAUGUUUUCAGUAAUUUAACAAAACUGUUUCCCCCUGGGAGCGAAGAUUGAACAGUUGACAGCCAUUACUAAUUUCUUAGGAGGCCACAAUUAAGUUUGUGAUCUCUGUUUUUAUCCACUUCAAGACUGCAGAAACUUGGCUGGCUGGGACAUUUUUAUUCCGUGUUUUCUUUGGGUAUUUGACUUACAGAUGUGUAAUUUAUAUCUUAACCAAACCAGGUUCCAUUAAAAAGGCCUUAAUCAGCUCUUUGCAUUUGUUGGCACAGUAGCUGAGCAGUAUUAAUGUUUAAUACUUGGCCUCUCCUGCUUUGUGCUGAUCACAAAGCAGGACAAAGCUGAUCAUUAUUACAUACCGUGAUCUCUAAUAGAGCUUAAAUGUAUUCCGCAGACCAGCAGGCCUUGGUCUCAUAAUGUUUCCUCUAUGUAUUGUACAUCCUACUUCUGAAUGUGUCUUUAACAACGUGUUUGUACUGUAAAGUAAUGCAAAAGUCCAUGUGUAGUUUGAUGUCACAUGAUUUAAACUGUCAGUAGUUAGAAUAAAAUCUUUGGUGCUAGUAUUAGUCCGCACAGUAGAUUACACUUAGAGCAGCUAGAUGAAUAUUCAUUUUCCAAAAUCAGACUUUUUUUUUUUUGUGAUAAGAGGCUUUGUGCCAAGUUAGGAUUAUUAAAAAUUAUCUUUUGUAGAGUUACCAGCAGUAACUGAGCUGUGUCAUUUGUCAGGAAUGAAGACACACAAACCAUUUGAUCAUGUUAUUGAAUCACGCAUCCUGGAAACUCCUGGAAACUGUUCACAGAUGAGUUUAAUCAAGUCAUUCAUCAGACUUCACAUUUGUGUAAACUGGAUUUUUGCAACAUGUUGUAAUGUUUGAAGACCUACUGCAAUCGCAUGUGUAACCAGCAGGCUGUGCAAGUGGACCACUUGAAUGUGAUUAGAAGUUGUUUCCUUUGUUUGGCUAAAAAUCUGUCUGCAAUUUUCCAAAUAAACACUGACGACUCAGUCAUUUGUGCA